AUGCCUCCCCGCAAACAGUGGAUAGAUAAGAAGAACGCCACAACCUAUCAACUUUUUCACCGUUCUCAGAAUGAUCCUCUUAUCCACGACCCCGAGGCCCAAGACCGUGUCCUCCACCCCGUCUAUGGGCCUCCCGCCGAUGCGCCGAGCGCUUCCAGUGCAGAUCGCGCGAAGCACUUAAGUGACCUCGCUAGCGAGUUCCGAGGCGAUGCCGUCCGCAAAAACGAGGGUGAAGCUGCCAACUAUGGCAUCUACUACGAUGACUCGAAGUAUGACUACAUGCAACACAUGCGAGAACUUGGUACCGGAGGCGGCGGCGCAUACUUUGUCGAAGCGACUAACAGCGACAAGGGCAAGGGCAAAUCCUUGAGGCUGGAAGAUGCGCUUGCUCAGACCUCACUUGAGGACGAUGACACAAGGAGCAACUGGGACGGUCGUAGUACAAUGAGCUCUGCAUAUGGGGCGUACUCUACUGCUUCUACUUACUCCCGGAAACCGACCUACCAGGACCAGCAAAAUGUGCCGGAUGCCAUUGCGGGUUUCCAGCCGGACAUGGAUCCCCGACUCCGGGAGGUGCUCGAGGCGCUGGAGGAUGAGGAAUACGUGGAUGAGAAGGAGGACGAUGAUUUCUUCGGUGAGCUGACUGCCGACGGGCAGGAGGUAGACCCCGGUGACUGGGAGGAUACCUUGUUCGAUCAUGACGAAGAGGACGAUGGAUGGGAGUCCGAUGCGACAGAGAAGGCUCCUGUUCAACCAAGUACUUCCUCUUUGAAACCGAAAUUCGACGUAGCGCCCGGAGAACUCCCCGAGCAUGACGCCCCCGCACCUGAUGCGCACCCAGGUGACCAAGACUGGAUGCGCGAAUUCGCCAAGUUCAAGAAAUCCGGAAAGCCCCAGGCUGCGCCUGCCGCACCCGCCAGCGUCGUCCCAUCCGAACAGCGCAGCACUCUUGCCUCCACAGUCUUUACAGUUGGAGGAACACCGAUCCGGCGCAAGAAGCGCAAGGGCGCUCUCACCAACCCCUCCGCCUACUCCAUGACAUCUUCCUCCUUAGCCCGAACAGAAGGCCACCGACUCCUCGACGACCGAUUCGAACGCCUUGAAGCUCUCUACGCCCUUGAUGAGGAGGAAGAAUUUGACGACUCCAUGUCCAUGGUCAGCGGCAUGACCGGGAUGACCGACAUGUCGACCGCCUCCUCAGUGGCGCCCAGUCUCAUUGAUGCGAAUGGCAACGCUGUCGCACCCCGCCACGACUUCAACAACAUCAUGGACGAUUUCCUAGGUGGAUGGGACAACAACACCAGUGCACAGGCCAAACGGAAGGGCGCGAAGAACAAGCGUGGCAAGAACGGCAACGAGGCGAUUGGUAUCCGGAUGUUGGAUGAGGUUCGUCAAGGACUUGGUCCUGCGAAGGUGCCGGGUCGGGUUUCUGGCAGAGCUUGA